AUGUUGGAGGGUGUUGUUGCUAAUCUACUCAAUCGCUUUCUGGGUAUCUAUGUCAAGAAUUUCGAUGCGAAACAGUUGAACAUCGGUAUAUGGUCCGGUGACGUGAAAUUGCGCAAUCUCGAACUUCGCCGUGAAGCACUCGAUCAGCUGCACCUGCCCCUGAAUGUGGUCGAGGGCCAUGUCGGACAACUCACAUUAUCAAUUCCGUGGUCCAACCUAAGAGGCAAGCCCGUCAAGGUGGAUAUUGAGGAUGUCUUCCUGCUGGCUGCGCCAAAGGAGGAUGCGGAUUACGAUGCGGAAGAGGAGGACAAGCGCGCACAUGCGCUGAAGAUGGACAAGGUAGAGAGCGCCGAGCUGAUUCGUGAGCGGAACGAAGAAGGCAUGAGCCAGGAAGAGCAGCGACGAAAUCAAAGCUUUACCCAGAGCAUGGUUACUGCGGUGGUAGACAACUUGCAGGUUUCCAUCAGGAACGUCCAUAUCCGCUACGAAGAUUCAAUCGCUUCGCCUGGGCAUCCGUUCGCGGUGGGGUUGACACUGAAAGAGCUAAGCGCCGUCAGCACCGACUCAGACUGGCGUCCAACUUUCAUCCAGUCUACGUCGGACACCACCCACAAGUUGGCUACGCUCGGGGCUCUUGCUGUGUACUGGAACACGGAUGCCACGCUUUUGGGCACUGGCCGUGGCUCUGAUAUUGGCGCCGAUGCCCAAGGUAUCACUCACGAUGAUUUGAUGAAUAAAUUACGCGACUCCAUUGACAACGGCGACGCCCAUCAGUACAUGCUUCGUCCCGUUAGUGGCCGCGCGGGUCUGGAGAUGGACAAGUCCGGAAAGCAUGACCGUCCAGCCAUGAAAGCCCGACUUCUGUUCGAUGAGCUCGGCUUCGUACUAGAUGACAACCAAUACCGCGAUGCCUUGAUGCUAGUCGAUUUGUUCCACUAUUUCAUCCGCCACCAAGAAUACAGACGCUACCAGCCCAAAUCCUCCGUCAAAGAAGACCCUCGUGCGUGGUUAAAAUUUGCCGGCCAGGCUGUUCUCAGCAAAAUUCAUGAUCGCAAUCGACGGCGAAGCUGGGAGUACAUCAAAGAGCGCCGAGAUGAUCGGAUAUCGUAUAUCAAGCUGUUCAAGAAAAAGAAGCGAGAGGAAGCACUUACGGCAGAAGAAACGAAGGAGCUCAAUCGAAUCGAAUACAAGCUCAGCUACGAGGACAUUCGGUUCUGGCGGUCUCUCGCACGUAACCAGCUCCGCAAGGAAAAGGUGGGUGUAAAGAAGCCGGCCCAACAACAAUCGUGGUCACAGUGGAUCUGGGGCAGUAAGCCAGCCGAGUCCGAGGAGGUCGCCAUGACAGAUGAACAGCGACAGGAACUCUAUAACGCCAUUGAUUGGGACGAGAAACGAGCGCUCGCCGAGAGCGUCGACGUACCCCGUGAAUGGGUGAAACUCCAGGUUAACUGGAGUUUGCGGGCUGGUAGCUUCACCCUGAAACAAGAUCCCCAUGGCGCCAACAACGAGGUCAUGAAGAUUGUAUUUGACAACUUCCGAGCCAAAGCUCUGCAGCGUCCAGACUCGUACCUCCUUGACCUCGAUCUGGGAGGUCUGAAGAUGUAUGACGGAACUACGCCUGGUACUCUUUACCCAAAGAUCGUAAAAGUCAAGGAUUCACUCCCAGAGGCCGAUAAAGAGCAGCAAUCAGGCCCGGAUGACGAUGAACUUGUCUCAGAGGCGGGCGUGGACGACUUUAUGGAUGAAGACAGCCUGUUUCACCUGCAACUGGAGAAAAACCCGCUCGACAGCGAUGCAGAUACCGCGGUCAAGGUCAAGCUGAAGAGUAUUGAAGUCAUCUACAACCCUCGAUUCAUUGUGGGCAUCGUGAAAUUCUUCGAGCCUCCCGAGCGACACAUGGAGUCGAUCGGCGCACUGCUCGAUACUGCAGGAGCUACUGUGGAAGGUCUGCGGCAACAGACACGCGCUGGCUUAGAGUUCGCUUUGCAAGAGCACAAGAAGGUCGACGCUCAAUUCGACGUUCGCGCUCCUUUAAUCAUUGUCCCUGAGAGUAUUACUCAAGAAAGCUCUCUCUGCUUGAUUGUUGAUGCUGGUCAUGCAAGUGUCAACAGCGAGUUGGUUGAUCGCAAGGCGAUGAACGACCUGCAAAACAAGCAAAAACGUCAGUAUGAAGAGGAAGAUUAUAAGCAACUCGAGCACUUGUUGUACGACCGAUUUAUCAUCAAACUGGACUCCACUCAAGUUCUCAUCGGGCCGGGAAUAGAUGCCACAAAGGCACAACUUACGACUGGGGUCGAGUCAAAAAAUUUCCAUCUCAUUGACCGCAUCAAUGUGGAUUUCGUGCUUGAGAUGUGCAUCGUUCCGAAGGUGACGCAGCUCACUAGAACACGCAUUUCGGGAUAUCUGCCGGAACUUCAUGCAUCCAUGUCAGACACAAAAUACAAGGGCCUCAUGAAGCUCAUAGACAUUGCUAUUCCCCAUUUCGACGAAGCCAAGGAUAGUUCCGCAAAAGAAGAGACAGCUGCUAAGCAAUCCACUGCGGUUACUCGAGCUCGCUCAGCCUCUUUCCAGCCGUCUGUCCAACGGGACCUUCCUGUGGUCGACGAAGACGAAGACUUAGAUACAACGUCGGAGGUUGACAGUACUCGACAAAGCCUGGAUUCAACUAUCAAUAUUCACCGUCGAGAUUUUGAGUUCAAGUUCCAUGUUGGACGCCUUCGCGGAUCGCUAUUCCGCGCGAAUUCCGAGGAACCGCAGAAUGACAAGCUGCUAGUGGAGUUGGUGGCGGAGGGGUUCGAGCUCGACUUCUAUAUGCGCCCGUAUGAUAUGAUUGCUGAAGUCGUUUUGAAAUCCUUGAGCGUGGACGAUUACAUCGAGGAAAACCCGGUUCCCGAGUUUAAGCGAAUAAUCUCCUCUACUGGCUUCGACGCAGAUGAAAAUAACGACCUUUUCCACUUGAAGAUGGUGCGAGUCAAGCCAGAUUCACCAGAGUUCGAUGCAGUGUAUGAGGGCGUGGCUAUGAAUCUUGACAUAUCUGUGUCCACAAUCAAUCUUGUUGUGACUCGGAAGACACUUCUCACGCUUCUCGAUUUCAUCCUCCUGACCUUCACGAACCCACAACAGGAGAAUAGCCAAGCUGGCAAGAUUCGAAUCAAGUCAAAUUUGAAGAGUAUUGCCUUGAUCCUCAACAAUGAUGGUGUAAGACUGGCAACUCUUAGUCUAAACACCGCCGACGUCGGUAUAUUCCUCGUUGGCCGCACCAUGAAAAUUCAAUCCCGAAUCGGUAGCUUGAGUUUGAUUGACGACGGCGACGAUUUCGCAGAUUUCAAAUAUGAGACGUUUGAUCCUGAGACCGAUGCGCAUCCUGGCUACGACUCCGAAGUUUAUCUGAGAUCAGGAUCCAUCAAAAUCAACUUCAUGGAAGAACCUUAUCGCAAAAUCAUCAAUUUUCUGGUCAAGUUUGGCAAGAUGCAGGCCAUCUUCAACGCGGCGCGCCAAGCGGCUGCAAACCAAGCAAAUCAAUUGCAAGAGAGUCAGUCUCGCAUGCGUCUAGAUGUUGAAGUGAAGACUCCCAUUCUGGUCUUUCCUCGAGCUAUGUCAGAAGAUCGAUCUACAGACAGCAUUACUGCAUACCUCGGAGAAAUUUACGCCAAAAAUGAGUUUGUUCCCAUGGAUGAUUCCAAAGACAGCCCCUCUGUCAAUGUGAUCUCUGCAGGUGUGCGCAAUAUUCGCCUGAUGUCUCAACUAAAUUAUGGGGAUGGAGUGGUUGAAAAUCUUGAAAUGAUCCAGAAAGUCAACCUAGACUUCAGCAUUUGUCAUCUUGAGCACCAAGCUAAUAAUCCCCGUCCUGAUAUGGAAAUUGAGGGAUCCUUGUCGCCGAUCAAUCUUUGUAUCUCACAAAGCCAGCUCAAAUUCUUGCUAGAAUUGUCCAAGUCAAUUCCAGGGGCAUUUGCAACUGACCCCGACCAACAAGAGCUUGAUGCAAUUGAAUCCUUGCCAGACUCUCUGAAGGAUGCCGAACUGGCAGCGCAGUCGUCGACUGUUUCGUCUCAGUCGGGUCAUGCCGAAUCAGCUCCCAAUGUGGACAGCAGCAAGGAAACAUGGGUGCGGCUGGACAUGAUCUUCAAGGUGGACAGCGUCGGUCUAGAGCUCAUUCUGGCCGACGAUAAACAGCCCGUUGGUCGUCUAGAGGAUGCCAGCCUUUCGAAGUUCUCGCUCAAUGAUACAAGAGUCAAGCUCCGUAUGCUGACAGACGGCUCUCUCGAAUCAGAGCUCCUGAUUCAUUCCUUCUCGAUCCGUGACAGUCGACAGCAGGACAAGAAUAAAUUCCGAAACAUCAUGUCCUUGAUCAACAAUGAUGUCCAACAGCAAUUUUUGGCAAGCCUUUCAAUGUCCCCAGGGCCAGAAAGGCACAUCACUGCAAUUUUGACUAUCGAUAGUCCUCGCAUCAUGUUUGCUCUUGACUAUCUGUCUGCGCUUCAAUCUUUCAGUAACUCUGCAUUCGCCUCAGAACCUCCCAUUGAAGCUCUUGAAGAAGAGGAGGAAUCGACUGAGGGAUCAGAGAUGGAAUCGGAGGUGGCCCUGUCUGCCGAUAACGCGACCGCAGAAGCAUCAGCCGCCGGUGCCCAAGUUGGAACUACAACCAUCUCGUUCAGGCUCAACUUGGUAGAUGCCCAGGUUAUUAUGGUGGCCAAUCCUGCAAUUGCAAACUCUGAAGCCAUUGUGCUGGGGACCAAACAGAUUCUCGUUUCCCACCAGAAUGUUUCCACAUUGCAGAUCCAGAAGGUGGGCAUGUACUUGUGUCGAAUGGACAAGUUUGAGAACAGUCGUCUCCGUAUUCUGGACGACUUCACGGUUGAGGUCACAGUUGAUAGCCGGACACAAGAAAAGACAUCUGCCUUGACCUCCAUUGAGGUUCAUGUUGAGCCAUUGGUCCUUCGACUAUCCUUGCGCGAUAUUCUUAUGGCUCUCCAAAUCGUUAACAAAGCCUCCGAGAUGCGAGCGCAAGGUACUCAGCAACUUGAAACUGAAGACGCAAAACGGAUUACAGAUGGAAAGACCAGGGCCCGUUCGGUCAGCAAAGCCUCGUCCACAGUCGCCAGUCGGGGUCGUCGACGUGCAAGCCAAGUAACAAAUCACUUUGAUACUCAGGCCACUCCACAAAGUUCAGCUAUUGUGAAGCGUGAGGAGUUAGCUGCUAAGAUCGAUGGAGUCAGGGUCAUCCUCAUCGGUGACUUACAUGAUUUACCUUUGCUUGACUGGAGUGUCAAAAGAUUCAACGUUGAUGUACACGAUUGGUCAUCCACCAUCAAUAUUGACACCAACUUUGAGACAUUUGUCAAUGUCUACAACUUCUCCAAGUCCGCUUGGGAGCCAUUGAUUGAGCCUUGGCAGCUAGGGUUCCAUGUGGCAAAAGAAGUUAAUCCCGAUGUCUUUUCCAUAGACGCUUUUUCUCACAAGACUAUGGAGCUUACUGUGACGUCCGCGACAAUUGCUCUUGCAUCGAAAUCUUUCCAGUUCCUCAACACUGAAGAGGACGUACUUUCUAAACCCCGAGGCGCAGACGCUCCAUACAGAAUUCGCAAUUACACUGGCUUUGACCUCAGCGUUUGGGCUGAUACCAAUGCAGGUGAUGAGGGACCUGCAGCGAAACUCAGUGAUGGAGAGGAAUACCCCUGGCGGUUUGAGGAGUCUACGGCUGUCCGCGAGACCCUGACACCCGAGGGUCAUGGUGGUAUUGUGGGGGUCAAGUUAGAGGGAAGUGGAUUCGAGAGCAUCAACCGCAUCCCUGUUGUGCGUGAAGGCGAGGCCAUCUAUAGCCUGAAGCCAAAGCGUGAUAAUGUGCUCCACAGGCUUCUCGUGGAAGUCAAACUCGGGGCAGACAACGUGAAGUAUAUCACGUUCCGAUCACCGUUGCUCGUGGAGAACAACACUCAAAUACCCGUUGAACUGGGGGUCUUCAGUCCAAACGAUGGUCAUCUCCUAAAGAUUGAGAAGGUGCUUCCGGGCGAUGCACGACCUGCGCCUGUUGGCGCGGCUUACAUGCAUUCGCUGGUCAUCAGACCCGAUCAAGGUUUUGGAUAUGACUGGUCGAACGAACAGCUUUUCUGGAAAGAUCUUUUGAAACGGCCAACACGAACCGUCAAGUGCAUUAGUGAAACCGCUCAACAAUCACCCCCCUUCUACUUCCAGGUCAAUGCUUCUUACAAUAAGAAGGAUUCUUUGACCAGCUCGUACCCUUACAUGCGAGUUCGGAUAUUUGCCCCCGUGGAGAUUCAAAAUCUCCUUCCUUUCGAUUUCAAGUACCGCAUCUACGACAAGAACACCAAGAAAGACUGGACGAACUUUUUGAGGAAGGGCGGCGUCAGCCCCGUUCACGUUGUUGAACUGUCUCAUUUGCUCCUACUCAGUAUUGAUUUGGAAGACACUGUCUACAAACAAAGUGAAUUCGCAAUUGUCAACGGCAACUCUCAAGAUUACCGGAGAGAGCACAUACUCACAUUGAAGGAUGACCAAGGCCUUCAGCUGAAAUUGCGGCUUCAUUACUUCAAUAUUCCUGAAAGUGGUGGCGCGUUCAAGGUGUCUGUGUACAGUCCCUAUGUGAUUCUCAACAAGACCGGACUGCCCAUGGACAUUCAGAGCAAGGGUUUCCUUCAGUCUGCUCGCACCGCUGCCGGGCAAGGACUCCGAGUGGAUCCCAGAGACGGCGGUCGCGCGUUGCCUUAUAUGUAUUCGUACAGCAGUGACGACCAGAAGAAUCGGUCCAUCCUCAAGAUUGGAGAUUCCGCCUGGAGCAAACCGCAGAGUUUCGAAGCCAUCGGAAGCACCUUUGAAGUAAUCUUCCCCGACAGACAGGGCAUGUCCGAAUUCCAUUCCGGCUUUUCGGUGACCGAAGGUGAUGGAAAGUACAAGUUGACCAAGGUUGUUACUAUCACUCCGCGAUUCAUUUUGAAGAGCAAGCUGAACGAGGAUCUUUUGGUCCGAGAACCCGGCUCGUCAAAUGUGAUUCAGAUUGGUAGCGGUGAGCUCGUGCCGCUGCAUUUCCUUCGCCAGGUGUCAGAGAAGCAGCUGUGUCUUUGCUUCCCAGGAGUGAACAACCAGUGGUCAUCUCCUUUCAACAUUGCAGACGUAGGCACGGUCCACGUCAAGCUGGCCAAGGCAAACCAGCGUCAGAAACUUGUCAAGAUCGACGUCAUUCUUGAAGAUGCCACCAUCUUCCUGCAUCUCAGUAUCGAGAAUCGCAACUGGCCAUACUCCAUGCGUAACGAGAGUGACAUGGAGUUUAUCUUCUUUCAAGCUAACCCGUAUGUGGAGGAUGAUGAGGUCGAUCGAUCGAGCGGCUGGCGGCCCAUUCGGUAUCGGCUUCCACCGCGGAGCAUUAUGCCUUAUGCUUGGGAUUAUCCGGCGACGAAGAACAAGUCUCUCGUCCUCACAUGCCAGGGCAAAGAGAGACAUAUCAAAAUCGCCGAAAUUGGCAAUCUCAUUCCCAUGCGAAUCCCGCCAUCGAGACCCGGCGAGUACCAGAAGAUUAUUGAUAUCAACAUUGUGGCCAACGGACCUACCCAGAGUCUUGUCUUGUCCAACUUCAAACCUUCGAAGAGUCUUUAUAAACAACAGAAAGGCCAAUCAUCCCAGAACAGCGUGACCGCCGGAUUCGAAGUGAGGGAGAUGAACUCCGACGUGACUUUCAAGGCCCAGCUCCGCCUUGGGGGAAUUGGUAUCUCGCUGAUCAACCAAAAGAUGAGGGAGCUACUCUACAUGACAUUCCGGGAAAUUGAGAUCAAAUUCCGCGAGUCGAGAGUCUACCAGACCCUCAACACUUCUAUUAAAUGGAUACAGAUUGACAAUCAACUGUACGGUGGCAUUUUCCCGAUGCUGUUGUAUCCUAGUGUGGUUCCGAAGACCGGGAAAGAGAUGGAGGCACACCCAAUUUUCCACGCAAUGAUCACUCGGGUUAAGGACGAUUCCUAUGGUGUUCUUUACAUCAAGUACGCGACCCUUUUGUUGCAACAGAUGACACUCGAGGUCGAUGAAGAUUUUAUCCUCGCUCUUCUUGACUUUGCAAAGGUGCCUGGUGCUUCAUGGUCUGAACCUCAAGAGGGCCAGCUCUGUGACGGAGCAUUCAAUAUCCCGGAACCCCAGCAGAAUUAUGCCGGUCAGGAUGUUUACUUCGAGCUUCUUCACUUGCAGCCCAUGCAACUAGACAUUUCGUUCAUGCGAACAGAGCGAAUCAAUGUCGAAGACACAAUGCAGCCUUCCAAUCCUUUGAUGUUCGUCGUCAAUGUCAUGACGAUGUCGAUGGGCAACGUAAAUGACGCGCCAGUUCGGUUGAAUGCUCUCAUGUUGGAAAACGCUAGAGUGUCUUUUGGAAGGCUGGUCAGCAACAUUCAGGCUCAUUACACGCAAGAGUUCGUCCGUCAAGUUCAUGUGAUUCUUGGAUCCGCAGAUUUCAUCGGCAACCCUGUUGGCCUGUUCAACAACAUCAGCUCCGGUGUCGCCGACAUCUUCUACGAACCAUAUCAAGGACUUGUCAUGACCGAUCGGCCGCAAGAGCUGGGCUAUGGUAUCGCGAAGGGAGCUACAAGCUUUGUCAAGAAGUCUGUAUUUGGGUUCUCUGACAGCAUGGCCAAGUUCACUGGCAGUAUGUCUAAGGGGCUUGCAGCGGCCACUUUGGACAAAGAAUUCCAAGACCAGCGCCGCAUGUCGAAGUCGCGCAACCGCCCGAAGCACGCACUCUAUGGUAUCACAGCGGGUGGUAAUGCCUUUGCUACUAGCUUGGCUAGUGGAAUUGGCGGUCUAGCUCGCCAUCCACUACAAGGAGCUGAGAAAGAGGGUGUGGCAGGCUUCAUUAAGGGCGUCGGAAAGGGAUUCUUGGGAUUGGCAACUAAGCCCGCCAUUGGUGCCUUUGAUCUCGCGUCCAAUCUUGCCGAGGGUGUACGCAAUACAACUACCGUCUUCGACGCUGAGGGUCUUGACCGCGUCCGGUUGACCCGGUUCAUUGGCACUGAUGGUAUCGUGCGCCCGUAUUCGCAGCGGGAAGCUCUCGGGCAGUUCUGGCUCAAGACCACCGAUGAUGGCAAGUACUUCAACGAGGACUACAUUGCCCACUUGGAGCUUCCUGGGCGAGACAUGUUGGUCCUCUUGACCUACGCACGGAUCAUGCUCGUUCGCACGAAGAAGCUCUACACUGAGUGGGAUAUCCGGCUCACGGAUAUUCAAACUAUCUCCAAGGAACGCACUGGUAUGAGCAUCACCCUCAAGGGUGGUGCAAAUGGACCGUUCAUUCCCGUUCAGGACGAGAGCUCCCGGAACUGGUUGUACAAACAGAUUGCCAUUGCGGUCAAUGCCUUUAAUGAAAAGUACAAUCGAGGAUAG